AUGGAAAAUUACAUUCUAGAAGAUGCUGCCAGUUCAGGAAGGGAUAGCAUAGUCCAUGGAGCGCACACUGCUGGGAAAGAUAUUGAUGACGCAGCCAAGUCAGGAGCAGAUCAUGUAAGUCAUGGUCUUCAAAAAACAGGAGAAGCCAUAAGUGACGCGGGGUCAGGAAUUAAGGAGACUGCCGUAGGAGCUGUACAGUGGACAGCUGAAGGAGCAGGUACCGUUGUUGGUGGAGCCGUUGGUGCAGCAAAAGGUGCCGGAGAGGUUGUUGCUGAAGGAGCGAGUGCCGUUGCUGGUGGAGCUGUUGAUGUAGCUAAAGGAGCCGGAGAAGCUGUUGGUACCGUUGUUGGUGGAGCCGUUGGUGCAGCAAAAGGUGCCGGAGAGGUUGUUGCUGAAGGAGCGAGUGCCGUUGCUGGUGGAGCUGUUGAUGUAGCUAAAGGAGCCGGAGAAGCUGUUGCUAAAGGAGCAGGUGCCGUCGUAGGUGGUGCUGUAGGUGCAGCGAAAGGUGCCGGAGAAGCUGUUGCUAAAGGAGCAGGUGCCGUCGUAGGUGGUGCUGUAGGUGCAGCCAAAGGUGCCGGAGAAGUUGUUGCUAAAGGAGCAGGUGCCGUCGUAGGUGGUGCUGUAGGUGCCGGAGAAGCUGUUGCUAAAGGAGCAGGUGCCGUCGUAGGUGGUGCUGUAGAUGCAGCCAAAGGUGCCGGAGAAGCUGUUGCUAAAGGGGCGGGUGCUGUCGCUGGUGGAGCUGUUGGAGCAGCUGUAGCUACUGGGGAAGUUGUUGCUAAAGGAGCAGGUGCCGUCGUAGGUGGUGCUGUAGGUGCAGCCAAAGGUGCUGGAGAAGCUGUUGCUAAAGGAGCGGGUGCUGUCGCUGGUGGAGCCGUUGGAGCAGCUGUAGCUACUGGAGAAGUUGUUGCUGAUGCUGCUGGAACCGUAAAAAAUGGUACUGUAGACGCUGCGAAGACAGUUGGAGGCUGGAUCGGUGAUGCCGCAUCAGCUGUAGGACAUGGUGUUGUGACAGCUGCCGAAACGGUCGGUGGUGCCGUAGGUGACGCUGCGGGUGCAGUCAAAACAGGAGUCGUAUCAGCUGGAGAAGCAGUGGGAGAUGCAGCAAGCGCAGCAAAAGAAGGUGUUCAAGCUGCUGGAGAAGGAGUGUCCAAUGUUGCCGUGGGUGCUUACAAUACGACAAAACACGGUGUUGAAGCAGUGGGUGUUGGAGUUGCAAAAGUAGCAUCAGGUGCAUACGGAGCUGCUAAAGAGGGUGCCUCUGCUGUUGGAGAAGUUGUCAGUGAUGCUGCUAGCGGAGUUGGCCACGGAGUAGUAGCUGCUGGGGAAACUGUUGCUGAGGGAGCGGGCAAAGCCGUAGGCGCUGUUAAAGAAGGCGCUGUUGCUGCUAAGGACACCGCCGUGAAUGUCGCUAGUGGAGCUGUGGAAGGAGUGAAACAAACGGGACAAGCUAUUGGAAAUGUUGCGGCGGAUGUUGGCACAUCGGCUGUUGAAGCAGGAAAAGAUGCUGCAAAUAGAUUUGAACAAUCAGCUAAGAGUGCAGCCGAGGCAGCUGAGCAAGGAGUAAAAGGAGCUGGGCAUGCUGUUGCAGAAACUGCUUCUGAUAUCGGUUCUUCUGCUGUUGAAGUAGGAAAGCACGCAGCAGAUAAGUUCCAAGAAUCAGCUAAAGAUGCUGCAACCACAGUUGAACAUGGAGUGAAAAGUGCAGGUCAUGCUAUUGGUGACACAGCUAGUAGACUAUGGAAAUGCUACGCCCUUAAUCUUCCCAUGUACGCUUACCCAGUUUAUCUGACAUGUUAUGCUGCAACCACAGUUGAACAUGGAGUGAAAAGUGCAGGUCAUGCUAUUGGUGACACAGCUGCUGGAGCAUGGGACAGCGCAAGACACGCUGAGCAUGUGGUUGAAGGUAAAGUAGCUGGAGCAUGGGACAGCGCAAAACACGCUGAGCAUGUGGUUGAAGGUAAAGUAGUGGAAGUGGGAUCUGGAGUAGUGGAAGGUGCCAAAUCCGCAGGAAAGGCUGUAGGAGACACAGCAAGGAUCGCGGAGACUUUGCAGCACCAGUUAGACCAGUUGGAGACAUUAAUGAAACAAUUUGUAGGCAAUGCAGCUCACACCGUUGGAGGAGCCGUAAGCGAAGCUACAUCUGAUGCCCGAAAUGCUGUCGGACACACGUUAAAAUCUGCUGGUGAGGCAAUAGAAGAGAAACACUGA